AUGGUUGCGACUAAAACUCCAAUCUAUGAUCUCAGAAUCCAGAUUUCACAGUUCCUUCCACUCUUCAGUGACAUUAUACAAGUAUCUGAAAAAAUUUCUAAAAUAUACCAUGAUGCAGAGCAUAACAAACGUAUCUGUGGCGCAAUAUUCGAUAGAGUAUCCGCUGUAGAAGUAACAAUUCGCUCUUUAAAAUUUCGAUGGGAUGAGCAUAGAAAAUCUUUUACUCAAAAGAAUUAUACAGUUUUGCAGAAGCUUUUGUGUAAUAUUCAGAAGUUGGAAGAUUUUAUGAAUGAUGUUACAAAGUCGGAAUGUGUAAAGUGUAUUAAGGUAGAAUCAAUCGAGGCAAUUUUUUAUGACUUAAUUAAAGAAUUUGAUAGGUAUAUAGAUGAACUAGAUCUAGUAAUCUUGGUCGAUGAUGAACGCCGUAGGCGAGAAAAACAAAUCUUAAGAAACGAUAUCGAAGAUCUUAAUAAAGCGUUAGAAAUUAAUCCAAGCGACCGUGAUAGCAUCGAACGUGAAUAUACUUAUAAAAAUAGAAAAGAGAUUAGAAAUGAUUAUAAUGAAGAAAAGGUUGCAUUGAAAAGUUUUAAAGACAAUAAUGUGACAGAUUACGCUAAACUUAAUACAAAAUUCUGGAAUAUUGAGCCAAAAGAAC